AUGACCUCUGAGCAGCUGAGAGCUAUUGCUGUGCAAGAUCCCUUUAUACGAUACUACGCUUCGGUAUAUCUUCAAAUCACGCAAGCAAGCAGUAAAUCCUUUGACUUGUACAACAAUAUAACCGCUGGUCAGGAAAUCACGGACCUAUCAGAAUAUCUGAAGUUGUCAGCGUUUUUUCAGUCGGCUCUAGAACCUGCAAUUGGCAUAAGUAUAUUGUUUUGUUAUUCAAAGACCGAGAUCAACUGGAUAAAACCAUAAGUAAGAUGUAAUUGCUAACUUUUGACAUUCAAUCAAGAGUUAAACCGGGCCGAAUGUCAGGUUAUAUCACAGGCUGCCCAGACGUAGUGUGUGUCAAUAUAUUAAUAUUCACAUGGACAAAUUAAUGAGUCGUCGAAACUACCAUGAACUAAAAUAGUCCAAAAGUCAAAAUAUAACAAAACAAAACAAAGAUACCUUUAACUGAACGUAUCCUUGUCUUUCUUGGCCGGUUAAAGUGGCAUUUUGUUGCGUUUUGCAACUGUAGGUACUAUCCACUGAAGAAGAAUUCAAGGCUGGCUACAAAACAAACGGACCAUCUCCACGCUCCUUCACGCGAAGCGCUGUAAAUUCGAAUCCGCUCCAAAUUGCCAUUCGAAUCCGGUUUCCAAAUUGCCAUCGACUAAUCUGCUCAUCAACAAACACUCUUAACGUGUGACCGCCGGUUUCUUGCUCGCUUGCAAUCCAAAAUGCAAAACCCAUCGAAGGACAAAUCUGCAAUGCAAUAAUCGCUCGCUCAUCAACAAACACUCUUGACCUUUAAACGCGUCGAUAUGACCGCAAACUACCUCAUAAAGAUUACAGUAAUAUUUUGACGUGAAUAUUCUCCCAAAAUCGGUAACCCACACAAGAGCUUUCGACCGCGUCCCCGCACCCAAAAGCGACAAUGCAACAAGAACCCUUUCGAACCAAAAAUUUGUUUAUGUAAAGGUUUUAGGAGGGAUGGCACUAUUGCUUCUAGCUCAAUCAACGCUGAGCGAGGGUCUGCUGCGUUAGUUUUGACCAGAAAACAAAAGGCGAUCGCACGACUGUCCGUAAGUUUUCAACAGGGCGGCUCUGGUUUUCCAAUUCUUCUAACGUUCACACUGUUCGUCCAGCCGCUUGGACUGGACAUAUUUGCUUGGAUUAAUGAAAUAAACAGUCCUUUCCAGAACAGCGUCAAUAUGUUGUCCAAAGUGGCGAGGAAGGACGACAAUUUGCCACUUAGGAAAAAGACAAGAUGUAGCCUCGGUUAUGCAGCUGAAUGGAAGCUAGGGUAAGGAAGAAGGAUGUGCGCAAUAUUUUUUCUUUGGUUAUGAUUAUUGUUAUUUUCAAAACUCAGGGGCCUCCAACGACGAUUUCUUCCUAAAUGCGUUUAAAACACUUUGAAGACUGUCCAGAGUAAUUGAGAUCUUUAAAAAUGCAUUUUAAGCGGCCCUAAUACAGAGAUAAUAUUUAUGGUUUAUUCAUACUAAAUAUGAAAUCGUGUAAUGUUAAGCGGCGAAGGCAACGAGAACUGUGAAAUACAACAAUUUUUUUAGGUCUAAUUGCAGCACGCUCUUUUUUACAUUUCCUUGCCGUUGUUUUGCCUGACUACAUGAAACGUCCAGAAACUUCGUGGUUUUCACAUUUUCACCAAAUGAGAGAAAAUCUUAUUCUUGAGCAAACUGAAGUUGCCAAGAGUGGGCACAACCUCCUCGAUCGUCACCGGUCAAGCUGGAACAGGAAAAUCAGUCAAGAGUAGUUAAAGCAAUUCAAGACGAUUGUCAACAGCGUGGUUUGCGAGUAUCUGUAAUUUCGUGGUACAGUCAAACCCCGUUAAUACAGACAUUUAGGGGACCAUAGAAAGUGUCCGUAGCAAGCGGCUAGAAUAUUCACACAAAAUGUGUUUUCUGGCUCACGCGCAAGCUGGCCGUAAUAAAAUCUCGGAAACGAUUUUAUCGUCAGUAAUAAAGACGUGACUGCGAGCAGAGACUUCAAGACUCGUAUUUUUCUGAUAAAAAUGUUGAGGCUGAUGGAAACAAGGCUGGGCAUUAACCCAUGACAAGUUUAAGAUCUCCAAGUGACAUGGUUAUUUAAUGUCAUGGAAUGGGACAUUUUGCCGGAUGGCAAAGGAUGCAUAUGAUUCCGAAGAAAACUCAGACGAAGAUCCUGGUCGAAAUUUUGUAUAAUUGAAAAUCGUCAGGAGCCGUGUUUUUUCUUACACUCCUUUAGUGUCUAGAAGUCGUUAAAAGCAGUUUCCAGUCGUUUCUAAGUGAUUUUGAGGGGGGUCUUCGUUUUUUAUACACCGGGGGGAUUAUGUAGAAAACGAAGACCGUGGAUGAAAUUUUGUAUAAUUGAAGAUCUUGUUGUUUCUUGCACAUCUAAGGUCGAGAUACCCGUUUAGUCUGGAUAUUUAUACUGAGUGAUUCUGAGGGGGUCUUCGUUUUUGGGUGUUGGGUCUUAGGUCUUCGUUUUCUACCCACCUAAGAUUGAAACAUAAAUCCCCGGAAUCGAAGGUACUCAUCAGUAGCUCGGCCGGCAGAUCUGCAGCACCAAGACCGUAAAGAGAAAGGACUGUCGAGGCGACGCCUGGAUCAUACACUAGACAAGCAAUUCCACUUGAACAAAUUACAGAUACUCGCAAAUCAAGCUGUUGACAGUCGUCUGAAAUUGCAUUAACCACUCUUGAUUUUCCUGUUCCAGCUUGACCGGUGACGAGGUAGUCUCCUUCGCAGCCGUCAUUAGGGUCGUCACUCGUCACGCCACGCUCCUCCCCACUAGUGGGGAGGAGCGUUGCGUGACGAGUGACGACCCUAAUAACGGCUGCGAAGGAAACUAGUGACGAGGAGGUUGUGCCCACUCUUGGCAAACUGAAAAACUUCAGUUUGCUCAAGAGUAAGAUUUUCGCUCAUUUGGUGAAAACGUUAAAACCACGAAGUUUGUGGACGUUUCAUUACACGAUUUUAUAUUUACAGUCGACUACCGGUAACUCGAACCCUCCAUAACUCGAACCUCCCGUUAACUCGAAGUAAUUUUCAUUUCCCUUCAGAUCAUUUUCCAUAUAAUUUUACCCUCGAUAACUCGAACUCCCGAUAACUCGAACUUUCUUCUAUUUCCCUUGAAGGUUCGAAUUACCGGGAGUCGACUGUAGUAUGAACAAACUAUAUAAAUAUCAUCUAUGUAUUAGCGCCUCUUAGAAUGCAUUUUUAGAGAUCGUAACUACUCUGGACAGCCUUAAACGUGUUUUAAAUGCAUUUAGGAAGAAAUCAUCGUUGGAGGCCCCUGAGUUUUGACAAUAAUGAUAAUCAUAACCAAAAAAAAAAAAAAAAAAAAAAAAAAAAUCGCGCACAUAACUUUUUUCUUUACCAUAGCUUCCAUUCAGCUGCAUAGCCGAGGCUAAAUUUUUCCUCUCUGCUAGGCGGCAAAUUGACGUGCUCCCUCGCCACUUUGGAAAACAUAUUGUCGCUGUUCUGGAAAGAACUGUUUAUUUCAUUAAUCCAAGCAAACAGGUCCAGUAAACCCCAGGAACCUAUUCAAGCGGCUGGACGAACAAUGUGAACGUUAGCCAGCCUUGAAUUCUUCUUUAGUGGAUAGUACCUACAAUUGCAAAACUCAACAGAAUGCCACUUUAACCGGCUAGGCCAGGAAACACAAGGAUACGUUCAGUUAACGGUAUCUUUGCUUUUUUUGUUAUAUUUUGACUUCUGGACUAUUUUAGUCCAUGGGAGUUUCGACGACUCAUCGCAUUAAUUUGUCCAUGUGAAUAUUAGUAUAUUGACACACACUACGUCUGGGCCGCCUGUGGUUAUAUGCGCUGGUGAUGUAAUAAAUUUGAUAUUUAAACUUUAAAAUGGCUUAGUCCGUGACGUCAGUGUAUUGUCAGAUUUAACUGAUGUUACAACUUAGUUGACGCGAGCAAUAUCGUGUUUCUUUGCUGGGAAUUUAAGAGCCUGUUUACAUGAAGGUGGGGGACCCCAGGUAGGUGAGGUAAUAUCGGCGGGUUUCUUUGUAAACGUGAUCACAUUAAAAUGAGGAACAGGCAGGUUACCCCAAAGCUUGCCUUUUCAUUCAAACAGGCCCUCAUUCAAAUUCUAUUAAAAAAUGUAUUGUUUUGUGAACAGACCUUUUGCAUUAGUUAAUCACGUGAUCAACUUUCGGUAAACACGAAAAGAGUUCGCGUUUGAAAAAUUUUUUAGCAAGAGCCGAAAGUGUAAAAUUAGGUAACCUGUAAAUUUUCAGCCGUAUAUCUCAAAAGUAGCGAUUACAACGGUUGCCAAAAAUUAGAAGGAUUUUAUGAGAAAAACAACUCUUACCAGCCAGGCACGCUUGACUGGUUUUGCAUGCAACUCCUUGAUUCUGUAAUUUUUCAACGGUCGUUAAAUCUUACCCUUACGCGUUGAAGGGCACAAACUACCUGUUAUGAAUUAAAGGGAGAUUCGAGCCUCGUAAUGCUUAAGGUAAUAUUUCACGACAGUUUGAAAAUGUUGAAAUUCACAAGAAUUUGUAUCGAAAAUCAUUCAAGCUUGACAGGGUUGCAAAAGUUGUUUCUGUGGCCGUUGCAAUCGCUACUUUUGAGAUAUACGGCUGAAAAUUUACAGGUGUCCUAAUUUUAAUAUGUUCUUUCAACUCGUUCUAACAAUUUCUUUCGAAAGCGUACUGUUUUCACGUUUACCGAAUGUUGAUCACGUGGUCAACUAAUGCAAAAAGCCUAUUGCGCAUGACUGGCCCACCAUGUUGUGGUUGCAGACCAAGAAGACAAGAUGGUUUCCCUAAUUGUCUAUGUUAAAUUUUUUGUAGUGAAUUGUAACGAUCGAUUCUGUUAUUGAGACAUCUGGUUUUCUUUCUUUUUUUUUGACGCAAUGAAAAUUAAUGACAGAAGUCAGUAUUAAAACAUAAGAAAUUCUUAGCCCAGCAUCGAACUCAAGUCCUUCGACAGUGUAUCUCCCCAAAAAGCCUUCCACAGGACACUACACACCAUUCAAAUCUGAAAACUGAAAUCCGCUUUACUUUCCUGAGCUUCUUUUAAACUUUAGGUUCUAAAAUUAGAGCUGUUUACUAUGAUGACUCUGACCAUUUACGGAUGAGAAAUAGGAAAGGCUUGUUUUGUUGUUGUUGUUUUUUUUAUUAAAGAUAACGUCGAUCUACUUUCGAAAACGUGGUAAUAUAACAUACGUCUAGAUUUAGCUCCUGGUGCUAUUUUUCGCAUUGACGUACCGGGUGUGUGUAAAUUCUUUUUGCUUAUCUCUCUACGCUGGUGUACUUAAAUCCCAAUGAAACUUGCAAGAUGAGAUAACAUGCAUCGGAUCCAUAAUCCAAAAAAUUUAAAGUAGACGCCUACAGUAGGCGUACAUUGGGCUACACUUUGUAGUGGUCUAAUAUAUUUUGGAGGGUAUUAUGCUUAUAUCACUUUUUGCAUACUAAGUGUAUAACUACUCCUAUCCCGCCUUCUGGAUCUUCAGUCCGAUAUUUUGCCUCUUUGACGGAGACGACGAAAACUAAUUUUUAAUUGGGCUGUGCCGGCGGCCCAAUAAUCAGACAGCAAAUAGACUUUGAUAUUUGUUACCAUUAGGAGUAUGCUCGGUUGCCAUCACGAUAUGAAGCCUUCGUCGACAAUAAGCCCGAGUGGAUAAGCGACAAGCACUUUACUCAGCAACGGCUGGCAGGCCCCAAUCCCAUGUCACUGAAGCGGGUGACAGUUCACGGACAAGGUACGUCUCUGCCUACGCGACCAGUUGUGGCUUAAACAAAGUGUAUCUUCAAAUCUCUUCUCAAAGGGUAAUUUUCUGCGUACAGGACGUUUAAACGAUGUGGUUUCUUUAAAAGUUACCUUUCAGUAGAAGGAUAGCGAUGCGAAACUUUAAUUGUCAGAACUCUGAGUGCCAAUGAAGUUAGCAAAAUAAAUGGUACUCGGAGACUUGCUUUCAACACACUUAAACUUUAUAAGGAACGUAUUAGGACAUCCUAUUAGGUAUAAGGUACUUUCAUUUAGGUAUUGUUAUACUCGGAAUGAUAAACUCGCUCAAUCCAUCUGUAUUCGUUGUUGAGACAAAGAAGGAAUUCAAAAUGUAUCUGUCGUCUGCAAAAUCAGCAUUGCCAGAAAUUAGGGACAAGAUGGCGGUUGCGCGUGCGCACUAAGGCCACAAUGGCUGCGAAUUCGUAUAAGAAAAUGUAUGGAGAUAAGGAAACUUUUUCAAAUAUAUCGAUUAUGAGCUCACGGGUGUUCGGUGCCCGACUCGAAACAUGUUAAGUGCUGUGUAACCUUCGCAUCUGGGUUAAAAAUAGCUAAUUAGAAGUAGGUUUACUUACUUCCCGAAGUGGCCACUUUUAUCUCUCGUUGUACGCUCCAUUUCUCCAUACAUUGUCUUAAAAUCUUGCCGAAGUCAUGCGAAAUACUCGUCGAUUAGAGGAUAAACCCUUCACUGAAGUAAAUUUGCCCGACUUGAUAUUACUUCUGCGAUGGAAGAUGUUUCCAAAACAGUCGUUAAAAGGACGAUUUUUGCGCUAAAAAAUACUUCCAAAAGGCGCGUUAUUUCCCUCAGUUUUCCAUCUGUAGUCCAGUAAUGGACGCCAUAGUUGCGAAUGACACAUUUCGGUCGGACAAAGCUUCACAACUCCAAACCUCACCGAAUCGCCAUUUUGUUUGUUGCUAAAACUCCAGAGAUGCUUCACGGGAUAUAAACUAGGUUCCAGGCAUUCAAAAAUCCUCGAUUAGCCUACCAGGCUUGGUUUUAAAACAAAAUUGUCACGAAAAUGUCACGAAAAUGUCACGAAAGGUACAUCCGCGUACUGUUUUGUUGCUAUCAGCCGCUCAGCCGGGUAUAAACCUAACAUUUUCUUGCUAGGUGUUUUAUUCCAGCUUUUUCCUCGUAAAACGGAUCCACAAAGCUCAAAUUAUUUUAAAAAAUCGCAGGGGAUACGCUUUCCCUGACUACGAUCGUUUUUGUCCGCCAUUUGGAAAUGAGAUUCCGCUGACAAUUAAUCACGGGCGCGAAAUGUCCACGAUUUCUGGCAAUGUGUUUGAUCGUUUCUCCAAGCAGACAAGAUAAAUCUAUAUUAUCCACUGGAGAUCUCCCACUUUUGUCCCACAACUGGGAAAAAAAAGAUCUGUUAAGUUCUGUUUACCAUCAUAAACCCUUCAUUAAUCAAGCUUGACAGGUCAAAAUGGCAAGAUAUUGGCCUCGUUCUUUUUUGCAAAUUUCGUAUUGACCACAACUGGAUCUGUCCUUUGGAAAAGCAAAAAAUCGAGCUUGACCAAUAUCUAGGUCAUCGUAAUCUUAUUCGCUUGUACAAUAACACAUAUAUUAUAAUGCUACCUUAAUUUAUUUGUUUCGUGUAGAAAAGAGGCAAUGCACGGUAAAAACGACUGACGGAAGAUGGUGCCAUUUCCCGUUUACUUAUCGUGGUAAAGUCUAUCACAAGUGUACAACUAAAGACCAUCAUAGACCUUGGUGUUCAACGACUGUAAAAUAUUUUGGAAGAUGGGGAAACUGUCGAGGUAACAAAAGAAACGUUAAUUGUUACUCUCUUUUAUAUUGGUUGCUACUCACUUUAUAUUUCAUAUUUAAUUUGUGUUACGUCUCCCUCUUCUUUAGGUAAAGAAGAACAGGGAAUGGGUAAGUUCAAUUUGUUUAUUUUAUUGGUUAGAGGUAAGUGCUAAUAAAUAGAAUUACAAACCAAGCAGGUGUCCCAGAAUAAUCGUGUGGGAGCUUAGUGCCUCAUUCUACUGAGGCAUACUGUUAGGGGCACCCAACGACUGUUUUCUGUAAAAUAACUGUUCGCAGAAGCAAAUAUUGCCUAGAACUUUCUAUUAACUGAGGAGGGCUAAAGUCACAGGCUAAAACGUUCUAGAUGACCGUUCCAUUCAUGUACAAAUUUCGAAGCCUAUCUAAUAAAUUCCCUACGAUUUUCUGAACGAAGUUUAAUGUUCACAUUUCACUUUCCAAGUUAAGCUAUUUUUCGUACAAAAGAGGAAACCCAAAAUUUUCGGAUUUAAAAAUGUGAUGGAGAGAGGAAUCAGGAAAUGUCUCAUUUUCGUAAUACGUCAAAUUGCAUCUAAAAUUUUCGGGAAAAUAAUACUCAAGCGCUUGUAAUUUCGAAAAGACUCAAGUUGCCCUAGGAUGACAAAACAUAAAUUUUAUAGCGCUGCUUAGGAUGCAUUUCUAGAGAUGUAAAAGUACUCUGUACAGCCUAAAAAGUGUUUUCAAUGCAUUUAGGAGGAAACCGUCGUUAAGUGCCCUUGUACUGUGCUUCUUCCCCUUCCAUCAAGCAUUUUUUGAUGCUAUCGAGUAUAUUAUUGGCUCAGAAAAUGUAGUACUCUAACUAUUUCUAUUUAUUCGAAAGCCAUGUUUGACAGUUUUUUUGCCUACAAAUAAAAAGAAUGUUUAUGUCUCUCAGUCACGGAGGGAGUUUUGUUAGUUUGCUUAGAAGAGCACUGACUCCUCUUCACCAAUUCAGCUUCAACAUAUGUUAUUCGGCAGGGAAGAGCUGUGAGCAGGGUGCAAAUUAUUGAUCAAAAGAAUAUCACCAGAUAAAUUGGACAAUUACUAGCUGGAAAAUCACUAGCUGGGAUGUUACUUGCCGGAAUAUUACUACAGCUGUAAAACUACUAGUCACGAGCAAAAGAGGAGCUAGCUCGCUCACUCUUGUCACGAGUUUGUCUGGAAAAGUACUUAAAAGAAAAAAGGUUUAAAGGCUUGUUUAUAGUGGAAAGCCUGAGUGCACUUAGCCUAUCCAGCUAGUUUACAGGCACUCCACUCAAAUACUUAAAAAACAUAAUUUAAACAUAAAAUAACAGGAUUAAAAACCCCAAGUGGCAGGAGGCAGCCAGUUGGCUAUUUACAAGCGUGACUCAGAGGAUUUGAAUUUGGGACGACCGAGAACAAAUCCAGCAAGUUGCCAGAGGCGGACUCGAACCUGGGACCGCGAGAUUACGAGUCCAACGCGCUGACCACUCGGCCACGCUCCCUCCUUGUAGCGUCGACUUCAUUUAAGGUUAGGGUAUAUAUGAGACAAGCUACAUGUUCCUCAAAGUCGUCCUCUUGGUCUCCAGACUUAACACGCCCUGCGAAUUUGACCCUCCUCCUCUUUUCCCUCUCCUCUUUAAUUCUUAAUGGUACUUUCAUCUUACUUUGGAUGCCUUUUUCUCGUGCCCUCAACUUUGCCAUCUUACGUGGCCAAAAUUUUACCCAAAUAUUUCGUUGUUGCUCAUUUCUUUAAGCGCCCUUGCAAACAGAGCUCAAGCGGAUGACAAGCGGCUAAGGAGGCAGAAAUAAUAUAUAUUAUACGAAAGCUUUUUUUCCAGUGCUUUCAGACGACGAGGACUGCAGUGUCAAGACCACAAAAGGUGAAUGGUGCCAUUUUCCAUUUACCUAUUAUGGAAGGAAAUAUACCAAGUGCACUAAAGAUGAUCACAUUCGACCGUGGUGCUCCACUACAAAAAUCUACAGAGGCAAAUGGGGAAAUUGCAAAGGUAAACCCUCGCGGAAGACGCAUAUCUUUUCCCUAGGUUUGCGCUAAAACAUUGCUCUCCAUUUAAUUUUUUGCUAAUCUACCUAAACUUUUCACAUAUUAGCCAAAAAUGAGGUGAGGUUGUGACUUUGCUGAUACUUAACUUCUAAACAAGUCCCCUUAAAAAGUGUCAAAGAGAAUCGUCCCUGUUUAAUUAGUACAGUCAGUGAUGGGAAGUAUCUGCCAACCUGUAGAUCGAUUUCACUUUCGUUAUCAGUGGCUAUGCAAAUUUCUGCGAACAAAAAAAAAAACGUUUUUACCAGAGAAAAGUGUUCAAUUGCCACUUGGAUUAUUUUUGUUACUCGAUCUACUUGGUUCUAUUAUUGAUGAGGUAAGUAAAAUGUAGGGAAAUGAAAUUAAAUGAAAUAAAACAAAUUAAAAAUUAAACCGUUAUCCGUAGAUUAGCCAUCACCUCAUUGAGGUAAAGACACUCUUCAAAUGAUUUUGGUUUUGUUCUUUGCAGGGAAAGAAGAGAAGAAAGGAGAGCAGCGUGGUAGGUACACUGAACGAUUGCGAACGAUCCAAAAAAAAUUAAUCACUCGCACCAAAACCUAAUGGCUCAUUCCUGGAGUUCCAGGAGCAAUUUGAACUUCCCAGGAUUUACAUGUUACCAAGGCUGGAAUUCUUACCUAAACAGAUUUGAAUUCCUUGCUCUUGAUAGAUCUAUUCACUUCAUCGUUGAAUUCUACCACAACGAUUGUAUUAAAAUCGUGUUGAGUUAUUAAAAAUACAUAAAAGCAUUGAAGAUACUGCUGAUACUUCAGCCUUCCCAAUUCAACUAGUCUGCAUGGUUCACUGAAUUGUACAAACUUCGCUUCAGCUUCACUUUUUUGACAUUUAUCUGCCAUCUCACAGUUCAAUUCUAAUGGCAACCACUCGAACGCAGUUACUAAUCUUCGCUUUACUAGUUUAAAAGCAAAAAAAUAAUAAUUAUAUUUUUUUACAUUACCUUACAAAAGUCUUCUCCAUAUUAGGACAAAUAGGACUUGAUUGGAGGGAACUAAAGGCAACAUUGAAUCCCACCUUUGAAUGGAAAAAAGCGGUGCAAGCAGCUCUGGAUACAGACGACUCUUUAGAAUCAGUAUGGAUAUAUAGUCCUAAUACUUUGAGAUAAAAAUUAGCAGUCAAACUACACUGAAGUAUCGCUAAUAUUAUUUAAUGGAUCUGUUUGCAAUUUCAUUUUCUCACUGGAUGGAAAAGUGCUGAUGAAAACUAGAAUGAAUCACCUAAAUAACUUUAUGAAGACAAGAAAUGUGUGACUGGCUCAGUGAUCAUAUAAAGUACGGAAAAACGGGCAACAACAAAAUGCAACUUGUCAUGCAACAACGCUGCAAAACAAGUUGAACAGCGGUCUUGCGCGUUUUACCAGCUCUAUCAGACCUGUCUUACAACAAAUCAGGUUCUUACAGGUUUGAAAGUGGCUUGUAAAACGCGCAACAAUUCACUUUUCGAAUUGUUCUGCAGCAAUGUUGCAAACAAGUUGCACGUUUUUGUUGCCCGUUUUACCGAAGCUUAUUAUAAGCAAUACUACGCAAAACGGAAAUUGAUUAAUAACGCAUGUAGACAAUUAAUAUAAAAUAAGUAAAAUCUUAUUGUUAAAUCCGGUGAAACAUAACGGCUACUCCCAAUUUAUCGGUAAAAUACGAUAAAUAUAUAAAAACUAAUUAAAUCCCACCUUGUAUCGGUGGAAUAAACCGAUCAAAAUCAUUUGACCCUCAGUUAAAGACUGCGUAGUUGUAUCAAGGUUACAUAAAAAUCUCCGGGCCUCUUAUUAUCAAACAAUACAUAACCUAGUAAGCCUUAUGUUGCAUGACAAAAACAUGGGGGAAUAAUUUUAAUUAAAAUUCAUAUUCUGCUUGUUUUCAGCUACAAGCGUAACAGAGAGUCUCUUUAUGCUAUUUGACCAGAGUCCGCCUAUUUCCAGCCAGGUAGUUGUACUGGGUAUUUAUUUCGUUUAAGAAAUUUUAAGGACGGCGCCACUUGUGUUGCUUUGCAGGCUAUAGAUCAGGGCCGCAUUUACGCUCUACGAUAUGAGAUGUGUGACGACAUGGCAAGAUCACCAGAUCUUACUGAUAGAGAUCCUCGAAGAAAAAUGUGGAACUUUCUCUCUCCUAUCGCUUUGUUUGCGUCUAAGGGGAAUAAAAACGGUAAAAAUGAGCUUGUUCCUGUGGCCAUUCAAAUGGAUUAUAAACCAGGUAAAAUGCUAAAUACAUGUGACUGACUGAAAAUGUCCAAUACACUUAACUAAAUGUAAUGGGUAGUUAUCUGCCAAAAAAUUUCUUCAAUACGGGGAAGGGAUACUCUAAUAGUAUUUUACAUCAGUUUUAAAAUUAUUUCUCCCACCAAGUCUUAACUAUGCUAUUUCUGUCACUGACGUUUUACAAAGUUAUGUAUGUAGUUGAAAUUGCCGCGCAUGCGUGUGUACUACGUAAUACAAGAUGGGUUUGGCUCAGUGAUCAGAGGCCAUAUACCUGUCCAGUUUUCGGAAGGCUUCCUAGCAAUUCCUAUUAUCUAUCGCUUUUGUACAGGAAACUCAAACAUUGGACUCUAAACCUGAUUUUACUGUAAACAAUAUCACUUCUUCACUCUCUUCCAAUAGUUUUUUUUUUACCAUGUUUUUUUAGUUUUCGAGGAUCAGUCAGUGAAUGUCCCUCGGAAAACCCGGAUAAAAAUUAGACUUGGGAAUCUGGAAAGAGUAACGUCGGAAAAUAAAAAGAAAUAUAAUAUAAUAAAAUAAAGAAUAUACAGUUCCGCAAAGUCGAUAAAUCUUAAUAACGGCUGUAAAUAUGUAGACGAGUUUAGUAGAUUCAUUUUACAUCUUCAUUUGUCUAUUUUGCAAUUUGACAGUAUGCUGGGUCAACUUAUAGUAUUAACACUGUAUUCUUUAGAUUCAGCCGUGUACACUCGUGAAGAUGGCGGAAACUGGAUGCUGGCUAAGCUUAAUGUCCAAAUCACAGAUCUCGGCUACGCACAAAUCGUGGAGCACCUUGCAAAGGUGAUGAUAUUUGCUGUACAUGUUUCAUAUUUGCCUGUUUCUAAGACUCGUGUAAUAAUGAUAAUGAUACUAAUUAUAAAUGAUACUGAUAAUGAAUGUUACUGAUAAUGAUAAUAAUAAACGCUAUAUUUCUUGAAUUUUUUCUUUUUAAAGAUUCAUUAUCUGAUGGAGCCAUUUUGUGUUAUCCUAAAACGGACCUUUUCAUCCCAGCAUCCUCUGCAUCAAAUACUCAAGUUUCAUUGCAGAGAAAUAACUGUCCCAAACACAUUUGGAACUCCAAAGCUUGUAGACGAGGCACAGUUUAUGGAUUUGCUCUUUGCACAUGGCAAUACCGGCACCGCAAGGCUUCUGAAAGACUCUCAUAAAGUAGCCACGUGGGAGGUGACAAAUUUGAAAGAAGAAGUAAAGGUUUGUUGCCAUGCUAUCUUACUUUCUUUGGUUUCAUCAAAAAGGGCUGUGACGUGGAAUUUAGCCAAAUUCAAACAAUGGAAGCUUUAAUGAGCAGUGUGAGCAAACACAAAAGGAGAAAAAAGAACGAAGAAGUUUACAACUGAUUGCAAUCUGGGUGUUAGAAAACUAGUUUUCCUCGCUCUAAUGAGUUUUUCAUCUCUGUUGUUUAUAAGUGUAGUUAGAUGAAUAAUUAUAAUGCUUGUUUGUCAGGAAGGUGCAUUUACAUGGCCUAAAACGAUUGUCAAACAUUUAAUUUCUAUCGGAACUCGAUCUGAAGUUCCAUAAAACUGUGCAUAGCUUAUGGAUAGGAAUAAUUCAGAAAGCGACAUGAAACUUCAACCCAGUGGCAUCAAAAAAGAAACGCUACCUUUUUAUUUAUAAGAACUUCCGUACAAGAAGGAUUUAGUCUUUACUAUGAACUUGUUCACUGCUCGCACACCAGAAGUUUUGAUUACUUUUUGCCAGUCUUGACCUUUUUAUGUGUGUGGUGUUAAUACACCUUAAUAGAAACGUGGACUAGAUGACAGGAGACUUAUUCCGUACUUUCCUUACCGUGAUGAUGGCGAGGAGAUUUUAGGAGUAAUCGAUCACAUGGUGGAGCAAUACGUCUCUUUGUAAGUAUUUUCAUCAGGCAAAGUUACUGGUCAGGAGAGUUGAUAAAGCUUUCUUUUUACCUUUGCAUAUUAACGCGUAAGUUGAAAGUUGUUUUAAUCAUUCAUACAAAAUAUUUUUAAGUUCUUAACAUCCUCACUUUUUCAUAGACUUUCUUCACAAACAUUACAAAUGAACAAUUAUUGAAUUCGACUUCGUGUCAUCUGAAGAAUUAUAGGGAUCGAGUAGAGUGUCGGCCUCGGCGGAUAUCACCCUCAGAGAUCUUCAUAAUUCUUCAGAUGAUAUGAAGCGAAUUCAAUAAUUGUUUUAUUAUUCAUUCAAAAACAAGCUACAUCAAGUUCAUCUCGAUAGUGUAUGUGUAUCGAGAAGUUUAGGAGAUAAAGGGCUGUUCAAGUUCUUCGAUCCUAUGACAUGAAAGAAUACGAAACUUUGAAUACAAAUUUUGUCAAGGAUUCAUUAGUUUGAGGAAGUUACUGCAUGAUCAAUAAUAGCUUUAUAAUAACAUAGCCAUUUCUUUUUUUCAGAUAUUAUAAAGACGAUAGAGCUGUCCAGGAAGACAAGGAACUCGAGGAUUUCCUCAAUGAACUUUCUCUCAACGGAACUGGAGAGAAUGGCGGAAUUGGAAGAGUAAGUAUCAGUAUACCAAUUAAUAUUAGUACCUUCACUGCGUGCAUUAACCCGUAAAGUGAGUUUUAGAAAACAGACAACAUUGGGCGCAAUGGAAAUCAAGAGUGCUAGCAGUCCCUCCAAAAUGAUAGUAGUCCCUCCAAAUUCCUUUGUAGAUUUAACGGGAAAGACGUACACGUACUUUUUCAACGGGUGCAUUUCAUUUAAGACUUGUACAACGCAGUUACUCUGGAAGUGCUAAAACUUGCACUCUUCAAAUUUACAUUUAAUCAUAAUCGUAGUCCGGCCUGACGAAAAGUUUCGAUCACCACGUUUUUUUGGAGACGACCGAGCCUAUCAGGACGAUAAUAAUGGAAAGCCAAACCAAAGGGAAUGGUUAUAUUUUAGAGCUUUCCUGGUUAACCCCAUGUUGCUCAUCAGUUUUGGUAAUUGAGGUGCAUUUUAUUGUCUAUAAACUUUACGGUUUUCCGUGCGGUUGAGUAACAAAUAGAUAAUGAAUUUCUUCAAGCCUGACGACCAAAACGUUUCCCCGAAAACUGAUGUCAAAUUUUCGGGUACUUAUACAUUCUUUAUUUAAGCUACUUUCACUUAAAUAACCGACAGAUACAAAAGUUCCCUGCAAGAAUUGACUCCAAAGAAGAACUCUGUGGUGUUGUUACCCGGAUUAUCUCACACCUAAGCCUGCAGCACACCGCAUGCAACUACCUGCUGGCAGACUAUGCUGUGUACAUCCCUAAUCUGCCAACGAAACUGUACAAUGAUACCAGAGUUAAAGAGGGUGAAUUCUCUGUUUACCGACUCCCAAACAGGGUUACAUCUGCGGUAGGCACAACGUUCAUAUCUAAGAUUAUUAAAACUUUAAUUUCAUUGCCCUUAUUUAACUUUUAGCUUUGAGUGGAUAGUUAUGACUAAUAGAUCACCAAAAUAUAAUAAAAAGCCGAGGUUAUCGUUCGACCGAAAAUUAACAACCGCGGCUAAAUAACCAAGUAAUAUUAUUCACGAUAAGACAUAUAAAUGUUGACUUUGUUGAAAUUAUUUUGCACCAUCUGUGCUACUCUGCGAAAAAUGACUUUCGAUUCUUAGGUAACAGUCUUUUUUACCUGUAUUUAAAACGAGAAACUAAAUGACAGGGGAAUAACUAGAAAACUUACAAGCUAAAUUAGCCUUCAGGCUCAAAUAAUGCCUUUGAAAUUAUCUGUGUGUCUAUUUUUUUGUGCUAAAUUACAAAGUGUUCAUUUAUUAGUAAAUUAACAAGAAGAGCAAAUAUAGUCUUUUUUAUCCACGUCUAUUGAAAAGUUGGCCAGCCAGGAGCGCUUAAUGACUAUUUUUCGAAGAUUAUAAUUCAAUGAAUUAAACUUAAUACCGUAACUAUACGUUGUCAAGUGUUUGCUGAAGCGAUUUUAAUUUGCUUUUUUAACUUUUCAGAUUGAGGCAAGCUUCAGCAACUCGUUAGCAAGUUUCCGCUUUGAUUCACUGUUUGACUACGGCAACAGUCUUGAGGACAGUAAGGCCGCUAACAUUAUCAACAAUCACUACAGCUACUUGAUGCAUGUUGUUCAGCCCAAACUGCAGGAAAGGAACAAGAAACGGAAGGACAAAGAUGACCUAACAUAUCCCUACUUCAUUCCAAGAUGGAUUCCGAACGGAGUUCAGACCUAGUUCAUUGGGGUUGCUUUUUUAGUGUCAUUCUAUGGGAUGUGUGUGAUAACAAAGGCACGCUUAGAUAUUGGC